UCAGAGCAUCGUGAGAGGCGAGCGCUCCAACUUCUGCGCGUGACGGCCGCUGCUCGGUUCAAACCUGCUCAUAACUACGUCUCUUCUAAGCUUCAAACACUACAUUUCUGUAUCCAGAGGUGCGUUUUUGCUCUUCCUCUAUGCUUCUGAAAGUCAACUGACGCAAGCAGACAACGCUACUUUUUACAUCCUCGAUUACCGCAGCAAGUGAAGCUCAUUCACGUGCAGCUGCGUCCGACAAUGGAUGCCUCCGCUGGUAGCUGUGCCCAAUGAUAAACUCGUUUACGGCUACUUCUCCUUGUCCCUCGUUGUGAUGCUGUGCAGCAGCGGGCGCGCGCAAUUACGCAACACCCCCUCCCGCCUGUCCCGAGAGCUAUAAACGGAUCAGCGUCUCUCCUCAGACUCUCCGGUCCUGCAGCCAACCUGACACCGGCCAGCUCUCAGCUUUAGCAGACCUUCUUGUGACUCCAGACCAACUCCAGUCGUUAUGGGAAAGGAGAAACUUCACAUCAACAUUGUGGUGAUCGGCCAUGUGGACUCUGGCAAGUCCACCACCACAGGCCACCUCAUCUACAAGUGUGGCGGCAUUGACAAGAGAACUAUUGAGAAGUUUGAGAAGGAAGCUGCUGAGAUGGGAAAGGGGUCGUUUAAGUACGCCUGGGUGCUGGACAAGCUGAAGGCGGAGCGGGAGCGUGGCAUAACCAUCGAUAUCUCACUAUGGAAGUUUGAGACCAGCAAGUACUAUGUAACCAUCAUUGAUGCCCCGGGCCACAGGGACUUCAUCAAGAACAUGAUCACUGGAACUUCCCAGGCCGACUGUGCCGUGCUUAUUGUGGCGGCAGGUGUGGGAGAGUUCGAGGCAGGAAUUUCCAAGAACGGUCAAACCCGCGAGCAUGCCCUCCUGGCAUACACUCUCGGAGUAAAGCAGCUCAUUGUAGGCAUCAACAAGAUGGACUCCACUGAGCCAAACUACAGCCAGAAGCGUUAUGAAGAAAUUGUGAAGGAAGUGAGCACCUACAUCAAAAAGAUUGGCUACAAUCCAGACACGGUUGCUUUUGUGCCCAUUUCAGGUUGGAAUGGAGACAACAUGCUCGAGCCAAGCCCCAAUAUGACAUGGUUUAAAGGAUGGAAGAUCAAUAGGAAAGAAGGAAAUGCAUCGGGCACCACACUACUGGAAGCUCUGGAUGCCAUCCAGCCUCCCACCCGUCCAACAGACAAACCUCUUCGCCUUCCCCUGCAAGAUGUCUACAAGAUAGGAGGUAUUGGAACUGUUCCUGUGGGCCGUGUGGAAACAGGUAUACUAAAGCCAGGCAUGGUGGUGACCUUUGCUCCUGUUAAUGUGACCACUGAGGUGAAAUCUGUGGAAAUGCACCAUGAGGCGCUGACCGAGGCCCUCCCUGGUGACAAUGUGGGCUUUAAUGUCAAGAACGUGUCUGUGAAGGAUAUUCGUCGUGGCAAUGUGGCCGGAGAUAGCAAGAAUGACCCCCCGCAGGAAGCUGCCAACUUCACAGCACAGGUGAUCAUCCUCAACCACCCCGGCCAGAUCAGUGCUGGUUAUGCGCCUGUGCUGGACUGCCACACUGCUCACAUUGCCUGCAAGUUUGCAGAGCUUAAGGAAAAGAUUGAUCGCCGCUCUGGCAAAAAGCUGGAGGACAAUCCAAAAUCUCUGAAAUCUGGGGAUGCUGCCAUUGUGGAUAUGAUUCCCGGCAAGCCAAUGUGUGUUGAGAGCUUCUCUGAGUACCCUCCACUGGGUCGCUUUGCAGUCCGCGACAUGCGUCAGACCGUGGCCGUCGGCGUGAUAAAAGGCGUGGAGAAGAAGGUCUCCACCACUGGUAAAAUUACCAAAUCUGCUCAGAAAGCCCAGAGGAACAAAUGAAUGUUGUGCUGCUCUGCCGACCACAAGGUCUCCCAUGGCAGGACAUCGCUCAUCCACCUCCAUCCUACGAUUGACCGCUUCAACUUAAUAAUUAAAGACUGGUUAAUCAUCACAAUGCAUCGCAAAAGCAUUCGAAGGAAAGAAAAACAUGUAGGUCUUUUAGUCUUAAAGGGAGCACUCCUGAUUCCAUUUCAGUGGUUAAUCUCCAUUAUACACAAUGUGAGACUAAAAAAAUGAGAAUACCGUUCUGUGAUGUUUAGACAUUGAACAAAUCAUCUCUGUAGCUCUCUGGAGUGCUGGUCCUGGUCUCUUUAUAUGUUGUCCUGCUUUUAGUAUUUGUUUGCAACUUAAUGGUGCUCUAUAGGAGCCAAUGACAAGAUGUUAAAACUGUUCUUCUGAUUAGUGGACUAUUGUAUUUAUAGCUUUAAAUACCAUUUAAAAAAAAAAAAAGGUAUACAUUUGUUCUUGUAGGGGCUCAGAAUAGACUACCUGUUGAUUCUUAAAGCACUUUGAUUGGCAUUUUGCUAACUUUGCACUUGCACUGGAGAAGGUUAAAUUGGCAUAAGCUACUGCACCUUAUUGUAAGAUGGCAUGAGCCUCUUUGCAACAUUAAACAUAUUUCAACCAAA